GAAAAGGAAGAGAAAAAAAAAGAAAGAUGAGCUUCCAGCGUUUCUACCAAACAUGGUUCGAUCAACUGAAAGAAAUCGUACGGCAACUUAACCAAGUUCCACGGCCGGCGACUAGUGAUGAACACCGCCAAUUGCAACAACAGCUGGUUCAAAAACUGAUAUCACAUUACUGCGAGUACUACCGAGUCAAGUCUUUAGCUGCAAAAAAUGACAUCCUCUCUGUUUUCUCUGCGCCAUGGUGUACUUCACUUGAACGAUCUCUCCAAUGGAUUGCCGGAUGGCGACCGACUACGGCGUUCCACCUUAUCUACACUGAAUCAAGCAUUCUGUUUGAAUCUCACAUUAUCGACAUUCUCCGUGGUUUCCGAUACGGAGACCUCGGUGAUCUGUCGCCUGAUCAACUCGCUCGUGUUAGUGAACUUCAAUGUGAAGCUGUUCACGAAGAAAAUUCUAUCACCGAUGAACUCUCCGACUGGCAGGAUGGUGCAAGCGAGAUAAUUGGUUUAAUGGGAGACGUUGAUGCGAAGAUGGAAAAGCUAGUGGAAAUUUUAGAGAAGGCGGACAAAGUGAGGAUGAAGACGAUAGAAAAUUUGGUAGAGCUAUUAACGCCACAACAAAAAGUGGAAUUUCUUAUAGCAUCGGCGCAUUUGCAAUUCGGUGUUCGCAGAUGGGGAAUCAAUCAUGACCGUCAAAGAGAAAAUUCAUGA